AUGAAGCGGGGAAGAUUGAAGCAAAGUAGUGAUCCUGUAGUUUCGGAAAAAAGACUAAAACUCGCCAAUAAACAAUCCAAACAAGAGUCCAAAACUAAAGCUGAAAGCAAAGCAAAAGUUACCAAGAUCAAAAUAAAAAAGGAAGAGGAUGAAGAAGCACCCGUAUAUGUUGGAACUCGAGAUAUUUUUAUGGAAAGCAUAGAGAAACAUUAUUACAAAAAAUAUGAAAUUCAAAAGCGCGGUAAGUCUCAAUACCGGGAUACUCGUGAAAGGGUAGCCGCCGUCAAACGGAUCGAGCAAGCACUUGUGGAAGGCGUCGAUCAAAUAGUCACACUUGAGUUUUUCAAUUUUACCGAUUUACUAGGACCAGGAACUUCCGAACAUGUAGAUGCUGAUGUCGAAAUCAUCAUUUUCGAUGACAAAGACAGACUUUUGAGCAAUGUACCAGUGUUUCGAGGUAAAAUUUCUACCGCAAGUACUCCUAAGAGCGGCGCAAACGUCGUGUAUUUCCCCAUUAGUCAGGAGGUUGAUAAACGAGCAGAAAACGUUUACGUGUUUUGUACAGUUCGAAAUGUUCCCGUUAAUGAUACUAGAGAUAGAAAGCGAGGAAUGAGGUCUUCCAGGUCUUCUUCGAAGGAAAAUCUAGAAUUUAAAACGUUUUAUGGGGUUCGAAAGAUAAUGAUGCGGCGAGACGAUGAGCUCGAGAUGAAAAGCCCGAACGCUUCUAUCAUUCUUGAUCACAUGGAUGGCCCAUCUAAUGUAGGAAGUAUCAUUAAGAAUAAUAACUGGAAAUCUGACAGUGAGCUGUUGAACAAGUUCUAUAGUGCUACAGCUAAUGCUAACGUCCGGAGCUCACUACCAGCAGUAACGUUUGAGAUAUCAGAUGAACACAUCGAAGAGGAUUGGAAUGAUAUUGAGUUAGAUUUGAAAACACGUUUCAAAGACUUUGUCAGAUCACCUUCAGAGGAUUUUGUAGUCAAGUUCGUUGAAGAUCUUGUUGGCUCUCCAGAAAAAGAAAAUGGAGACCCCGAAGGUGUUUUCGAAGAUCCCGGACGGUUUUUGUUGGGAAUGAGCAGCUAUACAUGUCCUGUGAGCAUCAAAACCUUCAUAAACGUCGAGGACUUAGUCUCGUAUAUGAGUAUGGUGUGUAACAGAUUAGAGUUCAGGAUCGUGUCGCCAAGAAUCAUUGCUGUUUCUGAGAGUAAUAAGACUGCGCCAGUGGUGUUUGAAACAGUAAUUGAAAGGAAAGCGAAAGCCCCCAAGAUGACUAAACGGGAACCUGGCAUAAUUCCUUACCUGAGCAUGCCUUUUGCGAAUAUCAUUAAGGAACCUAUUAAACUAUAUCCUGGUGAGCAAUUCGUGAUGCAUCGCUCAAGUAGUGAUUGGUAUGCUGAAAACACACACAGAAGAAUCUGGGAGUUCAUUGAUGCAACUGACAAAGAAAAGAAAUUCAUGGAGCAGUUCGACGUGUUUUUCUCACAAAAAUCCAAUUACCCGCCUGUUUCUAGGAAUAUGAAAAGACUUCAAAUAGCUAAAUUCGUAGAAGCUAACAGUGAGUGGCUUAAGAAGGAACGUCUCAUCAGUUUGAUGACAACCUUCCUGAACCAGUGCUUUACAGCAGAUAUUAUAAGUGCCGAUGAUAUGUAUGAGUUAUUACUGUCGCUUGCUGAAUGA